AUGACUAUAUUUGAAAAUAGAAUCUAUAAAAUAAUAGUAGAAUAUCUUUGGUUUGAUAAUGAAAAGAAUAAAAAUUAUGCAAGAUCACUUAGUAUGAUAAAUUGGUAUUGUCAUGAUGUCAUUUGUUCGCUGAAUACAAGUUUUAUAGGAUCAUCUCGGAGGAUAGAUGAAUUGUUAAAGUCUCAUUUUAGAAUGAAAUCAGAUGACAAUCUAAACAGAUGUUCAUUGUUUAGUAAUCUAUUAGAGUUGGACUGUAAUGUUGGAGCACUUAGAGAGGUGACUAGAGAUGGUUUGGCGUUAAUCACACCAACUCUUAGAUCACUGAGAUCUGCUCAUUCAGAUAUUAAAAUUAUGAUCAAUUUAGGAAUGAAUUCACUUGAAACUUUGAAAUGUAAUCUCAAUGCUAGUUACCCAGAUAUAUACGAAGAUAUCAAGUUAUUAUCACCAACGCUGAAACAUCUCAUGAUCGGUGUUACUAGAGAAUUCCCAGAAGACUUUGAAAAUAUUAGUUACGAAGAUUUCGUACCAUUCACAAAGUUUCUGGUAUCAGAUCAUUUCCAACAUUUGACAUCACUCGAAAUUGUAGAUACCAAUUCAGAUUCGAGUGACUAUGGUUACUUUCUAAUGUUCGAUAGCUAUUCAUCGCUUUUCUUCAAUGGUUUACUCAAAUUCAAAUCUUUGGAGCAUUUUGCAUUCAAAGUUCAAUCAUCUGAACCAUUGGAACUAUUGGAUUCAUUUCAAACAGCACUGUUAAACUAUCUAAAGAAACAGCAAUCUUUGAAAAGCCUUUCUCUACCAUUUGAAUUUCCAAAGCACAACACACAAUGUCUAGACUAUCUAUUUCAAGAGUCAUCAAUUGAACGACUUCAACUCGAUUGGCUCAGUUCCCGUUGUCCAGUGACACGAACUACACUUCAGCAUUUAAAAAUCAUUGUCCAAGACGUAGAUAUUGAGAUGUUAGCUUUGGUCAGAGAAUUGAAUAUCCGACCAUUCCCUUACAACACCUUUGAAGGAAUCACCAAACUUCUCAACAAACAACAAGAGCUUCAACAACAAUAUGGAUUUCCACCAGACAGAGUUCUAAAGUGUGAAAUCAACAUGAUGAACAAUCAAAUCGAUACUGAAUUCCUUGAGACUCUUAAGAAUAAUAGAACUUUAAGAAGAAUCUACAUUGAUAUAAGACUAAGGAAUAAAGCCAACAUCAAACCAGAGUUUAUUCACCUUAAACCUAUAGAUGAUAUCAUUAAAAGUCAUCCAACAAUACGCAACAAACAUAAUUGGUUAUUAUAA